ACGUCGUCAAGCCCGCGCCGACCGGCGUCAGUCCGUCGGCUUCCGCAGAAUCCUGGAGGUGGCUUAGCUGUUUUACGUUCCGGUUUUGUGCCGUUGGCGGUCUUCUCUCCAGACUCCCUGGGCCUUGCCUCCGACUUCACCAUGUACCACAACAGUAGCCAGAAGCGGCACUGGACUUUUGCUAGUGAGGAGCAGCUGGCGCGAUUGCGGGCCGACGCCAACCGCAAAUUCAAAUGCAAAGCUGUGGCGAACGGGAAGGUUCUUCCAAAUGACCCAGUCUUUCUUGAGCCUUCUGAAGAAAUGACGCUGUGCAAGUAUUAUGAGAAAAGAUUAUUGGAAUUCUGUUCGGUGUUUAAGCCAGCAAUGCCAAGGUCUGUUGUGGGUACAGCUUGUAUGUAUUUCAAGCGCUUUUAUCUUAAUAACUCAGUAAUGGAAUAUCACCCCCGGAUAAUAAUGCUCACUUGUGCAUUUUUGGCCUGCAAAGUGGAUGAAUUCAAUGUGUCUAGUCCACAGUUUGUUGGAAAUCUGCGGGAGAGUCCUCUUGGACGAGAGAAGGCACUCGAACAGAUUUUGGAAUAUGAACUACUUCUUAUACAGCAACUUAAUUUCCACCUUAUUGUCCACAAUCCUUAUAGACCCUUUGAGGGCUUUCUCAUUGAUUUAAAGACUCGCUAUCCCAUGUUGGAGAAUCCAGAGAUCUUGAGGAAAACAGCUGAUGACUUUCUUAAUAGAGUUGCACUGACGGAUGCUCACCUUUUAUACACACCUUCCCAGAUUGCUUUGACUGCCAUUUUAUCUAGUGCAUCCAGAGCAGGAAUUACUAUGGAAAGUUAUUUAUCAGAAAGUCUGAUGCUAAAAGAGAACAGAACUUGCUUGUCACAGUUACUAGAUAUAAUGAAAAGCAUGAGGAACUUAGUAAAAAAAUAUGAACCACCCAGACCUGAAGAAGUCGCUGUUCUGAAACAGAAGUUGGAGAGAUGUCACUCUGCUGAGCUUGCACUUAACAUAAUUACGAAAAAGAGGAAAGGUUAUGAAGAUGAUGAUUAUGUCUCAAAGAAAUCCAAACAUGAGGAGGUAUGUUCUCCAAAGGAAGAAUGGACUGACGAUGACCUGGUAGAUUCCCUCUAAACAUCUGAAAUUGAUUUGUCAAUGCUACCUAAUCAACAGAAGGAUGAAGCAUAUCUGGCAUUUAACUUCAAAAAUGAAGUAAUGUGAAAGCAUCAAAAUAUAUUAGACUUUUCUAUUUAUGUUACUUAAAAUUUUUUCCUUUCAGGGUAGCUUUAUGUGAAAUAAAACAUUUUCAAAGGA